AUGACAGCAUCGAGUCAUUCAACUAAUGUGCCCUUGUCAAGCCUUGAAGAGCAAUCAUCGGAUAGGUUACAACCAGUCCAAAGUAUGCUGGCCACUAUCUACAAUAGUGAUGUCCAUAAAAGUUCGCAUUCUUCAAACAUUCUAUUACAACUAAAUCCAUUAGUUGAUAUCAUCGAAUCAAAUUUACAUGAAUCGGAUAAAAUUCGUCGUGAUGACAUGGACUUGUUGAUGACAAAGUGUAUUGAACUCUUGCAUAAUCAAAAUAAAGCUAAUAUGUCACAAUCAGAAAAAGUUCGCUUUCAGAAUGUAAAUGAUGGAAUAUCUAAUACAUCAAAUCUCUUACAAGAAUAUACUACACUAACCAUACCAUCAAUAAUACACAACGAAGAUUCCUUGUACGAGCAAAAUCUUUCAAAUAUGAUUAUAUUAUCAUCUGAUAUUCAAGGUAAUCUCAGUUGCUUAGUAAAACAAUUUAAUUUGAUUGAUCGAAAUAUUAUAGCUUCGUUAAAACGUGUUAAAGACAGUCCCAAGCAAUCUAUUGAAUCUAUAUUUCAACCUAUUCAAUCGCCACCUAAUGCCGAGAUGGAUUUAAAACAACAAAUGAUUACAUCAGAACAUCAAGAAUUUGCUAGUCCUAUACGAUGUCGUGCUAAUGCAUUCAAUUCUUCAAUAGAGAAAAUAUCAAUGGAAACUUUAAAAACAGUAGCUACCCAUUCAAAAGAAUAUAUUUCAUUGGAGACAGAAGAUCUCAGUAGACCAUUAAUCAAGAAUAAAAUGAAUCCGAAUGAUAUAUCCAACAUAGAGUUAAAAAACGAAAGUGUUUUACAUCAUAAAUCAGCUCAAAAAGAAUGGCUAGAUUCUUUGCUUUCAAAACUUUCUGACAAUGUCAGUAGAACAUCGAAUGUUUCUUCGACUUCUCCAUCGUUAUUAGUACUCGAUGGAACAAAGGUUAAUGACAAAGACAAACAAGAGAUUGAACAACAAGAAAAACAAGAAUCCAUCAAGAUGAAACCAUUAGACAACGAAGUAUCAAUAUUGAGGGAACAUUCGAAAUCAUCAAUCUCUGGUCAUGAACAUGCAACAAGUAUGAUGAAAAUGACUGUUGGCAGUCCGAAUAAGCAAUAUGUAGCAGAUGUAAUCAUACUCAGAAAAGAAUAUGCUAUGUCAAUCAUCAUUCCUGAUCAAAGCUCUUCUAUGAUUAAUGAACACUGUCAAUUAGUUGAAGCAAAAAUAUCACAGAAAAAACUAGCGAUAUCUACAAAAACACUUUUGAAUUUAAAAGAUCAGUUAACUCAAUUGCCAAACGACAAAAAUCAUGAUGUUCAUAGUGCAUUUCAAAAGUCUCCUUCUGCUAAUAUCCUACAUAAAAAUUAUUUCAAAGAGGAAAAAGAAUCUAAUUCAUUUGUUGUUCAUGAUGAAACAUCUUCUGUAAAUGGUCAACCAUCUUUGUCUUCCAAUAUUGAAGUAUUAGAGCAAUUAGAUCAAGUUCAAAUACUAGACACUAAAAGUACAUCGAAAAGUAAUGAAAAUGUUCAAUCAUUACAAAAACUAGUCGAUAAUGAAACUAUAAAAAAUGCAUCUCCGAAAUCGGUAUUAGAAGACAAAGAUGUUAUAUCAUUUUCUUCUAAUGAUGAUACUCAUAAAAAUGUAAUACGAAAAAAUGAAUCAAAUAUAUAUAUUGAAAAAAACUCUAAAACUUCAGAUAUCGAUGUACCCACACUCAAUCAAAAUGCAACUUUAAUUAUGUCAGAAGCCUACAAGCAACAGAAUGAAAUUAGUAAAGUUCAGCUACCAGUUACAACAAAGUACUUUGCUAUUUCCGAUGGAAUACAACAACAUGAGUGUGUUCUGGCUCACUUGAAUGAUCCCGAUGGGACGCAUUCAUUGAAAAAAACAAUAUCCGAUGAUACUCAUACAUCAAAUGAAGAAAAGCACUCGAACAUCGACUUGCAUGAUCAAGAUACUCUAGGGAAAACCUCAAUUCGAAAUAAUAACGAUAUAGGCUUAGUAGAUGAUAAAAUAGAUAAUAGAAUUACUGAUCAAUUACAUACACCUACGAGUCUAUCAUUGAAUCCUAAUAUUACUCAACAGUCAAUAAAAUCAAUAAUGUUUCCAUCAAACAACACAAGAAUUAACGAUGUACAAUACGCAAAGAUGUCUACAUCAUUAAUCGCCUCAAUAGAGUCAACCUCAAUUUCGAGAGCUAUGAGUAAUGCACUCAAAGAAAAUGAAUCCAUGAUUAUGCGUACUGGCAGUCCACAUCUUAUAGGAGAAUCAUCCGAAACAAAAUCAUCUUUGAUGAAAUUAACAACUGAGUAUGAUGUUCAUAACGAUGAACAUAAUCAUGUGAACGAUAAUAUACCGAAAAGCAAUCAGGAUGAUGCAUCAAAUCAUAAAAAAGAUUUUCCCCACAAUAAUCCUGAUCCAACCUUGCUCUACAAGGAGUUCUCACAAGAAUUAAACUUAUCUGAUGAUACUAUUCAAUUAUUACCAUCAUCAAUCAAAAAUAAAGAAAAUUUACUCAACGAAACAGUAAACAAUCAGCAACCAAUGAUACAGUUCAUACAAAUGGAUCGAACUCAUUCUUUACCUAAAGUCGACAUAGAAAAUAUUCAAAAUGAUAGCACGCUCACUAAAGUGAAACAACUAUUGAAACAUGAGAUUCAACUAACUACAAACAGAAAUACAGAGUUUCUCAAUGCAUCAUUGCCUAACACAGUCGAUUUGGAAAAGCGAAAAGAACUUUCUUCUUCAAAUCAAAUUAUUAUUAACAGAACUCUUGAAAACAUUGCUGCAUCAAAGAGUUCAACUCUUAAAAAUUAUAAACUACAAGAAAAUCCAAGUUUAAAAUCAGAAUUUGACAUUGAAUCGAGUCAUCGAGAAAACGAUCGUCAAUCAGAAAAAAUAAAACCAUUCGAGAAUCGAAACUUUGAUAAACAAUCAUUGCCAGUGUUCAAUAUACCAGUAUCAGUUAAUUUUGAUAGUGAAACCAAGAAUCUAAUCUAUGAAAUUCCUCCGUCAUCGCUUAGUAAACUUCAUGAUGCUAACCAAGAUCGAUUAAAUGAUCGAAAAUCCACUAAUACUGAAGAGCGAAAUUCGGCAAAAAGUUUUACUUCAGAUGUGCAACGAAUGGAUCGAUCUUCUGUAAUAAAAAUACAGCAGCAACCAAUACCUUCGACGACUGAUGCUGUAUUACUAUCAUCGUUUACUAAUAUUAACAUGAAACAACAAGUUGCUCAACCUUGGAUGUCUUCAUCAGAAAUUAAAGACGAUAGAUUGACAUUUGGCAAGACAAUGAAUUUGGUACCUGAAGAAAUUGCAAACCUGAAAAGAAUCUUACCAUCCAAUCUUGUUCAUCGAAGCAGUAUUUCUUCAUUGUCAAUGCCAAAACUUUUACUAAAACGAUCUUCAAUCAAAAGCAAUUCUACUGCUACCCAAAUUAUAAAACCCAAUGCAGCAUUAUCGAUAACAGAUGUUAGUACAUCUUCAAGUAAUAUAGCAACUAAUGAUCGCAUACGAAGUACACAUUCAGCCUUAGGUGAUCAAGAAGAAAUCAUAUCAAGGAAAAAAUCAAUUAACAGCAAGAACUUCAAAGAUAAAUUCAUGUCAGCUGUACAACCUUCUUCUAAACGUAACAUAUUACGACAGAGAACAUUACGAUCAUCACACAAUCAAUCAUUGAUAUCUUCGAAACCAGAAGAACGAAAUUUAAAAUCAUUGAAGAAAAAGUUUAUGAAUAAUAGUUUAGUGUCAAAUUCAAAUUUAGUGUAUGAUAGUGAGCAAGGAUCUGAUACACGGAUAAAAAGUCAUGAAAAUCAUAAUCAAAUUCUUCGUACAGAUCAGCGAGAUCAGAAAAAAAAACAAAAACGACCAAAUAAAAGUAAGACUAUCGAUAGUUCUCAACUUGCGCCGUUCAAUUUACAAGCACGUGGUGAUCAUCAAGCUUCUACUGUAGAUUCUUCAAGAUUACCAAAUAUUGAGCAAUCAUGUGGUACACAUUAUUUGAAAAAAUAUUCAAAUUAUUUUUCUCGUCGUCCAAUUAUUCGUCUUCCAGUAACACAAAUAGAAAAAUUCGAAUGUGGCACCAUUGGACCUCGUCUCCAUUCUUCUCAUGUUGCGAAUAGAUUACUACCGUCGAUUGAUGAUCGUCAUUAUUCAUCUGGUCAAUUUCAUCAAACAACGGAAUCAUUUACUGAUCGAAUUUAUUCUCUGAUGUCGUCAGAAAAUAUUGAUGAUAAACAAGCAUUUGAAUCAAUACUUAAUUGGCAAUCACAGCAACAAAAUCCAAUAAGAAAAGUUGAACAGAAUAAAUUUCAAAAUAUCCAUUUAUUAGAUGCAUCAACAAGUCAUUGCGUUCGUGGUAGGCAAUAUCCUAUCUUAGCUGAUGAAAUUGAUAUGAUUGAUGAUCCGAACACAUGUACUAUCGUUAAUGAAUGGGCUUUCGCUGAGUUAGUCAAUGCUGAACGAGACAAAUUUAUGCAAAAUUCAACAGAUACCAUUAUAAAAUCUAAAAAACGAGCAAACAUAAAUAAAAAUAUAAAAAUAUGUUUAAGAAAACGACCAUUAACACGAUUCGAACAGAGUAUGCUUAAAGAAGUUGAUAUCAUAAGUAUUGUUAAUCCACAAACAAUAUAUCUUCAUAUACCAUCAAUAACUGUUGAUAAUCAAGUAUUUAUUAGAAAUCGAAAAUUUAAAUGUGAUCACACAUUUGAUGAGUAUUGUCAAAUCAGUACUAUUUAUCAUUCAACCCUUGCUCCAUUACUUGAUCUAGCAAUCGAUAGCAACAACUGCUUAUAUUUAAUUGGGGGUGGAAAAUAUUCGGGGAAAAACUUUCUCCUUCAUGAAUUGAUUGAUCGAUUUGCAUUUGAUCUAAAUCGUCUUCUAUCAUCAUAUGAUAUUUAUAUCAAAUUAUUGGGAAUAUGUCAUAACCGAAUAAUUGAUCUUUUACAAAACUAUUCUCCGAUACGUAUUAUUAAGUCUAUGAAUUGGACAUUAAUACCAAAUGAUGUAUUUCAUUUAAAAAAUGAUAAAGAUAUUGAUUACGUAACAUGCCAAAUCAAGAGACGACGUCGUUUUAUUCAUCAAAUAAUUCAAAUUAACUUUCAUGAGAAACAUCAAUCGAAAGUUAUGGGUUCAUUAAUGAUUGUUGUUUUAGCUUCAUCUCAAUAUGUUUAUACACGAAAUUUAUGUUCGCAUAGAAGAAAAGUUUUGAUUAAUUCAUUAAAUAAAACGAUAUUAUCAUUCAAAAGAGCACUUAUUGGCAAUCGACAAAAUCCAGAUCGAGUUCGAGCAGCAUUUAACAAUGAUGUUUUAACUCGAUUGAUCGAGCCCUAUGUGUUUGAUGAUCAAUCAAAUAUUUGCUAUGUUGGAACACUUAAUCCAGGCCAUCGACAUCGUACAGCAACCAAAUAUACAAUAGACUUUGCUCGAAAUCUUCGUUUCUGUUUGAAACGUAUCAAUAAACAACGUCGACAACAGAAAAAAAUAAUUCGAGAGAACAUUAAUAAUCAUGAUGAUGAUUUAUUUUAA